AUGUCCGCUCGUGCCGUCGUCCCUGCUCACUUAUCCUACCUCGCAAUAUACAAUCCAUCUCUCGGUCCUACCGAUGAGACCUUACGCGACCAGAUCGUGUUUUACUACUCCCACAAGUUUGAAGUGGACCAAGAGGAGCAGGCAAAAGGAAAAUAUGCUGCCAAUGGAAAACGCCAUGCUGCAUCUGAACCGGACAGACAGCCAAAAGGAAAACAGAAAGAGGAAGAGGAGGCAGAAGAGAAUGAGAGAUUACGGCAGGUCGGGCUGGCACAAGGUAUGGUGAGCUUUGUAAAGAAUUUCUCGAAUGGCGUUCCUCUCGAGUCCAUCGAAACGGGAAAAUCUCGAAUUGUCCUCAAAGAGAUCGAGCCUCAGUGGUGGAUUCUCGCUGCCAUCGACCUGACACAAUUGCCUUCUGUCACAAGAAUCCCCUCCGGACAAAAGCAUUUUGCAAAAUCAGCAACAAAUACCGGCCUAGGUGAUACUGCGUUUAAGGGGGAUAUGGAAUACUCGUCGCGAGAGGUUGCACCAGCACCUUUAUUGCUCGCACAACUUAUGCAUGGAUAUCGUGGAUUCUUGCUUCACCAUGCGACGUCCUUGUCUGAGCUGUGGAAAAAGCAUGAUAACGAUCGAGAUCUGUUUUGCAGCCUUUUGCACAGGUACUGGACACGAUUCAUCUUAAAUUGGGAUGUCCUUUUGCACGGCCAUCCUGUGACAGACAUUUACGACGCUGUCAAACUCGCUGGUGGCGGAGAGCUCGGUGUUGGCGUUGGCGAAGAAGAAUGGGGAAGUGGCGAGAGGGAAGUGCUAGAAGGAUUUGCGAGCCGCACCGAGGGGCUCAUCGAUCUCAUUGUUGGGAGAUACGGGGAUGCUCCUCCGGAGCGCAUUGGCGAAGAGAAAACAAGAGAGAUAAAUGCAGCGCAUCCUCCUCGAGAAUCGCAGCCUUGGUUGGGUAAUGGCGAAGAUUCGAGGGCUGAGGAUGGAGUCAUAUUUUCUGGUGUUGGUGGCAUCUCAAGGCCUUCCCUUAUUACAAUGUCCCAGUGGAUGGAAUCUAUUUACAUGCACGGUGAUGCAGCUUAUGGAGUGGCUGAAAAUCCUGCAUCUCGCCCAAAGCAUCGCAGAAAAAGACGCAAGGUGGAUAAAGGCAGACCGCAAGAAGCAACCUCUGACCAAACGAAACAGCAAGCACAAGCGGUACAUCCCAGAGUCAAGCCAUCUCUAGGCAAGCCGCAGGGUUUACGCCGCAAGGCGAUCGAGAACAAUGCAACACCGCCAGGCAUUCCGGCACCUCUUGUUACCGCCGUAGAGCGAUCUUUGGACAACGCAAUCGCCAAAGUAGAUUCAAAGUCACCCAGCGCAACCGACGACUGCCGGAGUGAAACAGACAUCGAGUCGGGCCCCGAAGCCUCGGAACAGCCCCCCAUGUUCAACACGGAGAAGAUGAUGAAGUAUCUCAGCCUUGGAUAUGGCACCAGCUGGACACUUAAUCCCAAAGGCUUCGGCGGUGACAAAACGUCUAAAGUCCCAGACGAAAAAGAUCUGAAUUCGAGUACGCACACAAGUCAAGCCACAGAAUCUGCGGACGAACAGUUGCAGGAACUUGAUCCGACUCCAGAUGUCAGUGACGAAGAAGAAACACCAUUCGUUCAGCGGCUGGAGGAGUCCAUUGGCAAGUUCUUGAUUGGCCUCUCUGGUGAUCUCGAAAAUACAGAAUUUGAGGACGAAUCCAAUGACGAGAGAGCCAGUAUUGGUCCAACAGAGUCAAGAUUACCAUCACAGCGGCCGUCAAGCCGUAUUUUCCUCCGCACCCUAGUUGUUGAGAUGUCCACGUCCAGAUUUUCGCAUCUAGACGCUGAAGAACAUCCGCAGUCGAGCGGGAAGGAUGUCGAUAUCGUGUCAGGACAGGGUAAAACAAGUACGUCGGCAUCCGCGGACGGCGCCCACCCAAUUGUCACCCACGAAAAGAUUCAAGUUGCGGUCUACGUUCACCAGCCAUUCAUUUUCGUGUUCUUGUUCCGGUUGCACACACCACACCUUGCGAUGCCUGGCUUUUACCGAGCCAUACAUCAUAUCCUAGGCCCACUGCAAAAGAGCCUCUUGAAAAGCACGGAUCCGGAACGCUGGAGAGAGCGAAUGAGAGCGUCAUUGGGCAUGGAUUCAGGUUCAGGACUCGAAGAUGGGGACAAUCCACAAUCCCUGCCCGACAAAAAGGAUGUCACUGAGAUAUAUGAUCUUCUUUAUGAUCCCCAGAAAUCUACGCUUCAAACCUCAAUCCCAAACAUACCGCUUCCGGGGAGUCUCGCUGCUGAAGGGCUGCAUCGGACCCAACAGAGUCUGCGCCCGAUCACAGUUUCGGGCUCGUGGUACACCCUUGGGAUACCUAUAGGAUCAUCAUCAACAGAGGGCGGCAAAAACUCUUCAGGUCUGCCGAGAAUAAUCAAGAGUGACUGGACCCGCAUUGAGGCUCUGAAUGUCUACACUCACAUUCUCAAUACAUGGGCUUCAACUCGUGACAGGAAUGCUGGCAUCACCAAUGCUCGACCAAAUGGUGAGGAAUUAGAAAGAACAAUCAAAACGGCAAGAGGCUGGUGGAUUGUGUGGAUGAAAGUCUUGCCUUCGAAGCAACACGCCGACGGGAGCGGUGAUGUUCCAAGGCUGUCGACGAAUCAAGCCACAGGUGGUGACCUUUUCGAAUUCUGCGAGAGUGGAUUGCAACGAACCAAGGAUCUUGCCAAAGAAGCAAUUCUCGUCAGAAGAUCUCCCCAUGAACGCACAUCGACAAGCAGAGACACGUCCCGGUCCAGGUCAGAGGCCGGAAGUUCUACCUCAGCUGGGAAAUGGCUCCUUCGUGACCAACCCCGGACUCGAGAAGUCAGCGGCGGCGGGCGCGGCAUGUCUGGAGCUGUUGGGAUGGCAGGAGCCACCAAUGCAAAGGGGGUCACCGAAGGCGUGGGAGUUGACGCUAGAAAGUGGGUUGAGGCGUUGAUUCGAUUGAGUUUUUGA